AUGACUGACAUGAUAAUGCUAAAUAGCAGGGUAUACUUUAUCGUAACGGUAACACUUUUUGUAUUGAGCCAAUUUACUGCGGAUGGAAUUCCAAUUGCAUCGUCCGAUGUUUUAGAACGAAUGUUUGUUUCUAUUGACGUUCCGUCAUUUGAACUAGGUAAUAAAGUUUUUAGUGAAUUAAUUUUUGAGUUUCUUGUUUACCUCAAAAUUUUACCCGAGUAUUUAUCACCUAAACUUCAAGAUAUCGAUGUCCCCAGUUAUGAUGAUAUGAAAGACAAAGUAUCCGUUAUGAUUGAAACCCUCCCCAACUACGACGAGAUAAACGACAAAGCAUCCGUUUUGUUCGAAACCCUACCCAGCUACGACGAAAUAAAAGAAAAAGCAUCCGACGUAUCAAAUAAAAUACCUAGUUAUGAUGAAAUCAAGCAAAACUUUAACGAAAUAAAAGAGAAUCUCCCCUCGUCGAGUGAAAUAAAAGAAAAAACAACCGAAUUCAGGGAUUUCGUAACUGAGCACGUUGUGCUUGUUUCCGCAGCAAUCGGCGCUGCUUUGGUAGCAGUUGCGCAUACCGUUUUUUUCCAUGCACUCACAUGUUUAGGAUUUACCUCAGAAGGAAUAAAGUUUGGUAGUUGCGCAAGCUUAUGGAUGAGCACCAAUGGACCUGUGGCGGCUGGGGGUUGCUUUGCUAAUUUCCAAAGCGUUGCAGUUACAAGAGCUAUAUUAUCAACUGGUGGAUAUGUUUUAAGUGGUGUAUUUGUGACUG